AUGUCCAAAUUGCUGUUGGCUGUCGUUUAUCGUCCACCCAACAUUGGUUUCAUGGAUGAGUUCUUCCGUGUGUUCCUUGAUUUGCAAGUUGAUUAUAGACAUUCGGUCAUCGUUGGAGAUUUUAAUGCCGAUAUGAAUCAGGUGGCUUAUGAUAGUCAGCAAAUAUCAGCGUUUGUCACAGGCUCGGGCUUGCAUCUUGUUCCUUUUUCAGCUACUCAUCACACUAGGAACUCCAGCACACUAUUGGAUCUGUGCAUUAUUGACGAUGGAGAGAAACUCAUUGACUAUGGACAGCGGGGGGUGGCUUUUCUUUCGGCUCAUGAUCUGAUCUACAUCAAAUAUGCGGUUAAACUGAGAAGAAGGACUGAGAGAGUUGUACUGGGCAGAGAUAGAAGCGGAUUCAAUGAGGAAGCCUUUGUAUCAGAGGUCAAUAGCAUUGAUUGGACGGACUUAUUAUUAUCAGCCAAUAUGGACGAAAAGAUAGGCAUUUUCAAUGCCAAAUUACUAGAUAUCUACGAUGCUCAUGCACCGUGGAAGCAAUUUCGCUAUAAAAAUUUACCGGCUCCUUGGCUCACGACUGAAAUCCGCGCUGCCAUGAAAAGUAGGGAUAUGGCUAGGCGCAUUUGGAGAAGACGCAAGGGUGACGUUUAUUACUCACGUUUUAAGGUACUGCGUAAUCAGGUGCAAAACAUGGUCCGCACUGCUAAAAGGGACUACUAUUAUAAGGUCUUCAGUCGUGCAAAUGGAGCUGGCGAAGUCUGGGGUGGACUAAGACACCUUGGACUUAUAAAACCAAAGGGUUCAGGCAGUUGUCUGUCGUGCAGUGUUGAGGAUCUCAAUAGCUUUUUUGUGCGGGAAGCGGGGCUAUCUGAAAUCAGCUUUGAGGAAAAUAAUAUCGACGACAUCUGCUCUGGCGAGUUUGAAGAUGCGGACUUCCACUGGGAGCACGUCAUGCCCAUCAUGAUCAGGCGAACAAUUCUACGAGCCAAAUCUAAUGCUAUAGGGUCUGAUGGCAUCUCGAUCAAAAUGCUAAAGUUGGUCAUCGAUGGCAUUCUACCUAUCUUGGAACAUCUUUUUAAUUUUUCACUGAUGAGUGGUGAGUUUCCUUCGCAGUGGAAGUCUGCUCUAGUUUGCCCAAUUCCGAAGAUCAAGAAUCCUACAUCUGUAAAGCAUUACAGACCGAUAUCCAUUCUUCCUGCGCUCUCAAAAAUACUGGAACGAGUUGCGUGCGAGCAGAUAAAUCGAUAUUUGGAAAGGGAGGACCUUCGCGAUCAAUGUCAAUUCGCCUACAGAAAGAACUAUUCCACUCAAACAUGUCUGAUUAGGAUGAUGGAUGAUGUCAGACAGGCAGUGGAUCUUAGAAUGGUAACAAUCUCUGUUUUCUUUGACUUCUCAAAGGCGUUCGAUAGAGUGAAUCAUAGACUACUGAUCAAGAAACUAAAAGAACUAAAUUUCUCUGACUCAACAUUGACAUGGAUCUACUCGUACCUCAGUGAUCGGACACAGGUUGUCAAGGACGCAGUGGUGGGCACUGUCUCAUCAUCAUCCUCUGUGAAGGUCGGGGUUCCACAGGGCUCUGUGCUGGGACCUUUGCUCUUCACUCUCUAUCUUGCGGAUUUUGGCAAGGUACUCAGACAUUGCAGGUACAAUUUCUAUGCUGAUGACCUUCAAAUCUAUCUACAUUGUGAACCGAAGAAUAUUAUCUAUGCUGUUAAGAGCAUCAAUGAUGACAUCGAUGCUGUUCUCCUUUGGUCAACUACCAACGGCCUUAUUUUGAACGCCGACAAAACUCAAGCCAUUAUUAUGGGCACAUCGAGAUAUAUAAACGCGUUAUAUAAUUCUGCUCUCCCGGAAAUAAGGGUGGAUGGACAUGCGGUCCAAUACUUGUCAUCUGUGAAAUAUCUUGGACUUGUCAUUGCAAAUAACUUAUCCUGGGAAAAGCAGAUUAUCAACACUACAAAAAGGAUUCGGACUACACUUUACCAGUUGAAACUCUGUAAACAUAUGUUCCCGGAUAUCUUAAAAAUAAGGCUUGUCACGGCAUUAAUAUUUCCACAUAUUGAUUAUUGUUGUGCUGCAAUGACUGAUAUUACUGAUGAACAAAGUUUAAAACUGUACAGAGGAGUUAAUGCUUGUGUCAGGUUCAUUUUCAACACGAGAUUUGAUGUGCACAUUUCACCUUUUUAUGAGAGGCUCUCCUGGUUAAAAAUUGACUCACGAAGGCUUUAUUUCGUUGGCUGCUUGACUUACAACGUUCUUAGGACAAAACAACCUACAUUACUACAUUCUAAUUACAGGCAGAAUACACAUACAUCGGAACGAACGACCAGAGCCACUAGAGAGGUUUUUAUACAGCCACACUGUAGGACAGAGACAUAUAAAAGGUCCUUUCGGCUGACAUCUAUCACAUUCUGGAAUAAUCUCCCUAAUGAUAUUAGGCACAGUACUUCAUUUUCGGAUUUUAAGCAGAAGUUGUAUGCGCAUUUACUCGCCAGACAAAGUGCUGGUGCCAGUGAUACAUAG